AGGCGCGCGCCCGCCGGCCGGAAGAGCCGCGCGUUUCCGGGUUGGAGGCGGGGAGCGGUGCCGGAAGUAGUCGGGGAGGGCCGCGCAGUCGGACCGGCUGCUGAGACGAACGCUUCUCUGGGGCAGUCUCCGCAUAUCAUGGGGAGAUAGACGCUGCUGCCUUUAAUUGGCCUUGGUCCUCACAGCUCCAAAAAGAAACAGGAUCUUGAUAAGCUCUAUGAGCUGAAGUCCAAAGCCCGGCAGAUUAUGAACCAGUUUGGCCCCUCAGCCCUAAUCAACCUCUCCAAUUUCUCAUCCAUAAAACCGGAACCAGCCAGCACCCCUCCACAAGGCUCCAUGGCCAAUAGUACUACAGUGGUAAAGAUACCAGGCACUCCUGGGACAGGAGGUCGUCUUAGCCCUGAAAACAAUCAGGUAUUGACCAAGAAGAAAUUACAGGACUUAGUAAGAGAAGUGGAUCCUAAUGAGCAGUUGGAUGAAGAUGUGGAGGAGUUAGUAGCCAGAUGCCCACAUUCAUCCUCCCUGAUCCAAGGGGGUCGCAUUGCACUCCUGGUACUGCUUUCUUGGUACCUUUAUCUCUGUGCUGGCUUCUUCCUUGCAGAGCGCCAGUGGAACAUGUGGAUCCCAGGAUUUGGCUCUGAAGAAAUCCGACCCUACAAAAAAGCUUGCACCACAGAAGCUCACAAACAGAGAAUGGCAUUGAUCCGGAAAACAACCAAGAAAUAACACACGGAAAGGUCAGGGAAUGGACAACAAUGUAUUUGGAGAUACUUGAGCUGAGAACUCAGCCAUCUCAUCCUUGGAUUUUUUUUUUUUUUUUAAUGCUUUACAGAGAAGCAUAUAUUUUUUAUUAACAGUGCAGCAAUAUCUAUAAUGACUGAGAGGAUCUGCCAAAAGAAUAAAGCCUCCUACCCCAACUUCCGGUCCCUUUUCCCUGCCAUCUCAAAGAGGAGCAAUGUAUCUUCCAGAGAAGAUUUUAUUUGUGGUUUAUUAUAUACGUGACUGAAUAUGGGACAAAGCAUUAUGGUCUUUUUGGUAAGACAGUAUUAGCAGGAUUUGUAAAGGGUUUUGUUUCCUUCUCCCUUCCCCUUUUCCCUGUACUUUGUAAUGUCAGUGUUUAUAUGAAUAUGACUUUCAUUUGCUUUUCCAGAAUAAAGAAGUUAUUAAUCGAAA